AUGCCAUCAUUUGAAGAAACAUUAACAUGCCCUGUUUGUCUGGAUCUUUUCGAUGAUCCACGUUUAUUACCAUGUUCGCAUACAUUUUGUUGUAAAUGUCUUCGUUCAACAGUAAAUAAUCAUUCAUUUGUCACCUGUCCUCUCUGUCGAUCACGUUUCCUUGGACAAAUUCUACCUGUUAAUCGUAUCGUAUCAACACUUGUCGAACAAAUUCGACAAGACAAAUCAGAUGCCAAUCGAUCGUUUCAGAUCAGCGCUAAAUGUUACGAUUGUAAAUCGUAUCAAAAAUUGGAUGUUUGCUAUCAUUGCGACACAUUACUAUGCAACAAAUGUCAUCAUAAACAUGAAAUCGAUUGGAAAAAUCGUGACUACAGAACAAAUAACUUGCUUUUAUCAAAAGUGACUUGGUUGAAAUUUCAAAUUAACUUCAAAUUGCGUCAUGAGAAACAUUGUCAUCUGAACGAAAAAUUAACUGAACUUGAAUGUCAAAUCAAGAGUCAUCGGCAUCCUUUGAAUCGUCAGCAAUAUCAAGAGAAUAAACAUCGAUCAAAAGCAAUUGUCGAUGAGUUACACCAUAUUGAUAAGCAAUUAAAAGAAAGAAUUCUUCAACGUGUCACUGUUCAAUCACCAAUCUGUACUACACCACUUUCGGCUGCUAGUAGUGGCUACAGCUCAGAUAUGAAUUAG